UGACUUACGCCCACUUUAUCAGAGGCAUCUGCGUUGUUGAAGAAAACCCUGCGACGGUCAGACCAAGACUGUAGAUACCGCUGGUGUCUGCGUGUAGCUGCCGCUCGGGCUGGGGCUCGUUGCUUCUACCGAGGCUGGCUCGUUGCCCCUCCAAUACCCAAGUUUAAACGAAAUACAGCACCUUAGAGGUCACAAAAUGCAGCAGCAGUACCUUGGGCUUGCAGUACAAAGCCCUGGCUUCUAGUGCGGGCUCCGUCACGGUCUGCGUGAGGGGUCACUGCCUUUCAUCUGGGGUGACGGACACAAGGUAGGCCUUGCACAGGGUGGGGUGGGUGCUGAGACCCUGUAAGAGAGCUGGGAAAUAGUUUAAGCUAUAACAUUGUGCAGAUUAGGCUAUCUGAUAACUGCAUGAGGUAACCUGGAUUUCAUCACUUAGAUGCCAUCUUAACUGUUAAAAUCAAGUAAACGGAUCAAAUACUCAAACUUGCAAAUUACCCUUGAAGUCAGACACCCUGAAAGCACAAGUAAGUGUACGUGCAUCCUGGGGACCCCAAGCCUUCAGGACUCACACCAUCCCAGGUGGUACCCAUGUGAUCACGCUGGGGAAUGCACAUCAGCAGAAGAAUAACUCGCCAUUCCAGAAAAUUCAGCAGCGCACAGUACACAGCGGAACACUGAGUUACUUUCUACCACACAUCUGGUUAUUUCUCCGAACCUGAUUAAAAUGAGCACACAAGCUAAGAAUAUUCUCAAUAACAUUGUUGGUGCAAACUUGUUCCACAAAAAAAGUAAUUUGCAAGAUAACCAUCUAAGUAAUGGGCUAUCUACUUGCAAAGCUUUUAAGCAGAUGUGCUCCUGUCAGCCUGGGCGUCCGGCAAGCAGCAACCCCUGAGCUUCCCUUGUGCGCGUUAGUCCUUCUCACGCUUUCUCUCUCCCUCCAGCCUGCACUGGUGUCUGGGACAACAUCACCUGCUGGCGACCGGCGGAUGUAGGCGAGACCGUCACAGUGCCCUGUCCUAAAGUGUUCAGCAAUUUUUACAGCAAACCAGGAAACAUAAGCAAAAACUGCACGAGUGAUGGGUGGUCAGAGAUGUUUCCAGACUUCAUAGACGCGUGCGGCUAUAAUGGCGCCGAGGACGAGAGCAAGAUUGCAUUCUACAUUCUGGUGAAGGCCAUUUACACGCUGGGCUACAGUGUCUCUCUGGUUUCCCUGACAACCGGAAGCAUAAUUCUUUGCCUCUUCAGGAAGCUGCACUGCACCCGGAACUACAUCCACCUGAACCUGUUCGUCUCCUUCAUCCUCCGAGCCAUCUCGGUGUUGAUCAAGGACGAUGUGCUGUACUCCCGCUCGGGCACGCUGCACUGCCCCGACCAGCCCUCCUCCUGGGUCGGCUGCAAGGCGAGCCUGGUGUUCUUCCAGUACUGCAUCAUGGCGAACUUCUUCUGGCUUCUGGCGGAGGGGCUGUACCUGCACACCCUCCUGGUGGCCAUAUUCUCCCCCAGCCGACGUUUCGCGGCCUAUCUCCUGAUUGGAUGGGGCAUCCCCACCGUCUGCAUAGGUGCCUGGACUGCAGCCCGGCUCUCCUUAGAAGACACAGGUUGCUGGGAUACCAACGACCACAGUGUUCCCUGGUGGGUUAUACGAGCACCAAUUUUAAUAUCUAUUAUAGUCAAUUUUGUCCUUUUUGUUAGUAUCAUACGAAUUUUACUACAGAAGUUGACGUCCCCAGAUGUCGGCGGCAAUGACCAGUCACAGUAUAAGAGGCUGGCCAAGUCCACACUGCUGCUCAUCCCGCUGUUCGGAGUUCACUACGUGGUGUUCGCCGUGUUUCCGAUUGGCAUCUCCUCCAAAUACCAGAUCCUGUUUGAGUUGUGCAUCGGGUCGUUUCAGGGCCUGGUGGUGGCCGUUCUUUACUGUUUCCUCAACAGUGAAGUGCAGAGUGAGCUGAAGAGGAAGUGGCGGAGCCUGUGCCCCAGCCGGCCCUGCGGCCAGGAUUACAGGCUCCACAGCUCGUCUGUCUCGAGGAACGGCUCCGAGAGCGCCCUGCAGUUCCACCGAGGCUCCCGCGCCCCGUCACUCCUGCAGACAGAGACCUCGGUCAUCUAGUGCCCGCCACCCUGCAGACAGACUCCCCAGAGCCCUCGAGUGGGAGUGCCCAGUGGGUGACUCAGCGGUGACACGAGAGCUGGUCUCUGCUUAUCCCAUGGGCGUUGCUGGGGUUGCUUUGUAGCUGACUGGGACUGCGACCUGAUUCGUGUUAAAGUCCGGCACGUAGGUAAUUUGCUCAAAAUGCUGUCUGGCCGAGUAGAUGGACCCGUCUUCAAAGAGAAUAUGGAGACAGAAAUGAUCCCUGAAAUGAGGUACAGUGGCCCAGAACUUGGGCCCAGCCACCAUGGAAGGAAACCAAGGCGGUUUUCUGAUCUCAGUGCCAGUUCUGGGCAGGGGGGCAAAGGCCUGAGCUGGGGGCUGGACGCUCCCUCUGCGUGACCCCCAGCACCGGCACCCCCCCCACCCUGGUCCUCAUUAGGGCGGCCCUCUUGUCUACAGGACACGGACACAAAGCAUCAGAACCCACCCCUGCCGGGUGCCCCUGCUUUUCCUCCCCUGCCCUGUCCGAGGACCUCCCCUUCCUGCUUGUCCACCAGGACAAGUGCAGAGAAGGGAGUCAGAUGAUAAUGGCAGGAGUGGCAUGUCACCCUGCGAGGGCAGCUGCACUUUAUGAGGGCCCCUCAGCCAUCGAAGACCCCCCGAGACACUUCAGGCCUCCUCCCCCGAGAGGGGUGAGAAGGUUGGGUGACCUGUGGUUGGGCUUGUAGGACCUGGUCGUCAGGGCAAAAAAGACACCAGACAUUUUAUCUGGGGGGAGCAGAAACCUAUUCUCCUUUUAAUGAAAAUAAUCUUAAAGUCAUUUCUGCUUAAAUGGAGAAUUAUCCUAACAAAAUACAAGAAUGUGUUGAGCGCUUCUGGCCAACAUUGGCCAACAGCAGUCCUAGUUCCCAGUUCCCUUGAUGCUUGCAGAUUUGGGAGCUAGGUCUGAGUGGUUGAGCUGCGGCAGAGGGAGCAGGAAGCCAGCGAGGAGAGUGAGCCCACCCCUGUCCCAGGCCCGGCCCUGCAGCACGGGACAAUAGACGUUCUGCCCAACCCUGUCCAGCUGCUCUCCGACCCUUUUAUGAUACCCCAAAAAGGAGGCCAUAAGUCUUUGUCCUGAGGCAUCAUAGGACCUGGCCGGCAUGCGGGAGCGGGUCUGGCGGGCAGGGGUGGCCAGAGUGGCAGCCACCAGGCUCAGGUCCUACAGCUCACGGUGUGUGACAAAAGCCUGGACAGACAGGAACAGCAGAGCGGCUGUGUUCAGAGGCCACCCGGAGCCGGGGCACCCACCUCAGAUGAGACACUGUUAGCCAGAUCCACAUGACCAACUGGAGAGCCAGACCAGGGUUGACGUGGGGCCGAGGGCUGUGCUUGGGCGUUAGUCAUGCGUCUUCCUCACGGGCAUGCGCCAAUGUCCAGUGGGCUGUGGACUGGUCUGUCUUGCCUGGGAAAGGGAAGGAGGGCGGGAAAGUGAAUGUUUACUAAUAGCAGGAGCAGGUGGUCAAAGAGUCAACAUGUCGUCUUAAAAUGUUGUAAAUGUGUAUGAAAUGUCCACAAGUCACUGUGUGUGAGCACUUCAAUAAAACCCGAUUUCCUGUCUGGAG